CUGCACUACAGGACUCUGCUGGGCUCCACCAACAUGUUGCAUUAAAAGAAGAUCACCAAAUUGAAUUUAGUGGGAGGUGCUGCAGGAGGGACCACUCCUUGUCAGUAAACAGAUAUCUGAUCUCAGAGGCAAUCAGGCAACAAGAGGAGAGGAGAGGAGAGAGGCAGUCGCGUGGCUCUGUUACUGGGAGAGCUAGGUGCUGCAAUCUAGUGCUACAGAGCUAAAGAGAUGCAGAGAGAGACUGCGUGCCUGAGGACUUCAUAGCUGCAUAGGGCAGCUUUUUAGAUACAGCUAGCCAGAAGGAAUAACUGCAGUUUUUGCUCUGUUUUGAAUUGAAGCAGUUUUCACGAGGAUGCAGUUUGGGAGAUGAGUGGUCUCAGGGAGGAGCAUGCUGUGCUGUGUCAGAGGGCAGUCCACCUCAUCACUGAUCUUUGCCACAAGAAAAGCCCCAGCUUGGACCUCGAAACCUGCCGGGACUUCUUGCUGUUGCCGUCGGACCAGAGCCCUAGUAUCACCGAUCCAGAGCUCUCGAUCACCCUCCUCGCUGUGGUAGUUAUCGUGUGUGGCCUGGCCCUGGUGGCAGUCUUUCUCUUUCUCUUUUGGAAGCUCUGCUGGGUGCCCUGGAGGAACAAGGCCCUCUCGUCGAGUGACACCGGCCUCGCCCCGCCCUGCCAGGCCCCCGCUGGAGGCGGAGACUUCGAGAAGGACAGCAUGGCGACGGACAAGCUCAAGGAGCAGAGCGGAAUGGGCUUCCUGGAGGCAGCGGUGAAGAUCAGCCACACCUCCCCGGAUAUCCCUGCUGAGGUGCAGCUCUCCAUGAAGGGGCACAUCAUGAGGCACACCCGCAUCCAGAGGCAGUCGACUGAGCCAGCCUCCUCCACAAGGCACAGCUCUUUCAAGAGGCACCUCCCGCGGCAGAUGCAGGUCUCCAGCCUGGACGACGACACGGACCUCCUGUACGUCAACGAGCAGCCCACCAGCAUCGGUCGCAUCAAGCCGGAGCUGUACAAGCAGAAAUCUGUGGAGGCGGAGGAGUCCACCAAGGCCAACCUCAAGCCCUGCGGCACCAUCAACUUCUCUCUCCAGUACGACUACGAGAUCGAGGCGCUGGUUGUGCGCAUCCUCAAGGCCUUAGACCUGCCCGCCAAGGACCUGUGCGGCAGCUCGGACCCAUACGUCAAGAUCUACCUGCUCCCCGACCGCAAGUGCAAGUUCCAGACGCGCGUGCAUCGCAAGACCCUGAACCCCACCUUCGACGAGGCCUUCCACUUCCCCCUGCCCUACGAGGAGCUUGCCAACCGCAAGCUGCACCUCAGCGUCUUCGACUUCGACCGUUUCUCCAGGCACGACAUGAUCGGAGAGGUCAUCCUGGAGAACCUGUUCGAGGCCUCCGACCUGUCGAGGGAGACGUCGCUCUGGAAGGACAUCCAGUACGCCACCACGGAGAGUGUGGACCUGGGGGAGAUCAUGUUCUCUCUGUGUUAUCUGCCCACUGCUGGGAGACUCACCCUCACUGUCAUCAAGUGCAGAAACCUCAAAGCCAUGGACAUCACUGGAUACUCAGACCCGUACGUGAAGGUGUCCCUGCUCUGCGACGGGCGACGCUUGAAGAAGAAGAAGACGACGAUCAAGAAGAACACACUGAACCCCACCUACAACGAGGCCAUCAUCUUCGACAUCCCUCCUGAGAACAUGGACCAAGUCAGCCUACUCAUCUCCGUCAUGGACUACGACCGGGUGGGGCACAAUGAGAUCAUCGGGGUGAACCGCGUGGGGAUUACGGCUGAGGGGCUGGGCCGAGACCACUGGAACGAGAUGCUGGCUUACCCCCGCAAACCCAUUGCUCACUGGCACUCCCUGGUGGAGUCCAAGAAAUCUGUCAAAGAGUGGCAGGGUCGUACUGCCAGCUUCGACAGCCAGUGCUCCUGCCCUUCCCCCAAGCCUCCUGCCACCCCCUGAGAGAGAGACCCAGAGAGUGAAGGAGGAGCGAGAGGAGCUGCCCUGGCCAUCGCCGCCAGCACGGCUGUGAACAUACUGUACAGUGUCCCUGUCUGUCUGAGGAAAAAGGAAAAACACUCCCUCCUUACCCAUCCCAGCUUCACUUCCAAAGAGAGACCACAGAACUCUCCUCAAGCACAAGGAAAUCGCAGACUGAACCCUCCACACCGUGCUGCUCCUGGCAGCGCAGCAACGAGAGCUGGAAUCAUUUGAGAACCCACGUUUGCACUCGGAGUGGAUAUUUUUGUAUUUCAUUAAUCCUGAAUGCGAGAAGUGUAAUUUUAAUUUAAUUUUAAAGGCCUGUAGAUCUCUCCCAGGUCCAAGCUCAUGUAUUACAGGAGAAUCUUCUCUCUCAAAGCAUUUCUUCCUAUAUCGGAGCUCUGUUCACAAACUAGCGAGUUAUUUAAAGAAAGCGUUUUAAAAAUGUUUUUGUUGUUCUUGAUGGAUUAAAUAAAAGUUUGGAUUUUUAUUAAACUAGCUGUAGAUUUCUGCCGGUACCUAUAAAUAAAUAAAUAACAUUUGUCUUAGAAAUUUAGCAGUUUUGUCUUUUAAAUAAGUAAUAAGCUUUGUGAAUAGGGCCUGUUCAAAAUCUUUCCGCUCCAAGCUGGGCACUGCUGUGAGAGUGGAGACUACAGCUCUUGAAUGGCCACUGAAGCCUUGGUUUGUGUCUGCUGCCACAGACAGUGGAAUCAGAUGGACAUGUUUUCCCACCCCGCUGGACUCGGCCUUGGGAAGAGGACAGACGUCCCACUUGGUCUGCACCCGAGGGGUCUAAAGGGACAGAGAGAAGAGAGGAAUCAGUUUUAGGAGACCGGGGAAGGUUACCUGUGGCAGAAACAGGGCCUGGCUCCUGGGAAGCGUUGCUAACGUUUGAUUGUAGAAUCAAUCUCCACUUUGAGCUCUUUCACGGAUGGAGAAGGAAAUUCAUAGCUCACAGAAUUGAUUGGGUUUGACAGAAGGGAUUAUGUGUUUGAAAUAAAUGCUUUAAAAAGGGAGUGAUAACCAGGGAAUGGAAAUCAAUUUGAGCUCCAUCACUCUUCUGUUCCCUUUUCCUUAUCUUCUUUUGGUCCUUUGCUUUUCUUUCAUAAUAAGUUGCUAUACACAGAUAUUUAAAAUAAACGAAUAAAAAGUUGCAUCCUGGUACCUAAUCAUCUUCCUGGACUUCAGGUCAGUUUCACUAAAAAGAGGUCCAGCUUUAUGUAUGACCUACAGCACAACACAAGUGAUCAGUUACCAGGAAGCAGUAGUUUCUUUACAUUUGUUUUUUUGUCCUAGUAAAGGAAUCUCGUCGACCUCAGCGGAACCUCUUUAUGAAAGAUCUCUACCUCCCUCACGUCUUCAGGAUUAUACAUUUCAAUACAUUUGAAGCAUGCAAGGGGAAAAUGAGGUUUCGUGAACGGGCGCGCAUCGCUGCCCAUUUGAAAGAGGGGUGUGUGACAAUAUCAGGGUUGACUUGCCUUAUUUCAACCUGCCUAAUUAUUGCAUUGUAUGAUGCAUGAUUGCAUUUUGACUUUCAUCAGAGCUUCAAAAUUACAGAUCCAUUUUUUUACCACACUUUUGGGCAGCAGGGUCAGAAUUCUCAAGUAAUCCAAAUUUUUUUUUUUUUUUUUAAAACAGAAAUUAGUUACAAAACACACCCUCCUCCCAGGCCUCCAGUCUACAGCACACAGCCCCCCCCCCCCCCCUUACAGAGAGCACAGUAACACAACCACGCCAGGUUUUUGUAAAGGAUGAAGGAGUUUUUCCUUUGCUUUCCUUUUUUCUUUCACCUCCUUGUGUUUGAUACCGUUUCCCCGACGCAGCUGAGGAAGCAGAACUCCUUUUGUAGUUGGGUUAGUUGACUAUAAUGAUUAUGUAGCUUCCUUCCUUUCUCUUUGGAAUUGAUUAGAUUGUGUUUUCGUGUUAAUUAGUCUCAUUCGUAUUAGUGUUUCUUCUUGUUCAUGUGGAAAGAGUACCUUUACAAUUUUGUACUAAAAUGAGGAUUGUAUUUGUAAUAUGAAUGUUUGAAAAGUUUCUCUGUAUUUUAAAAGAAAUAAAAAAAACAAGAAAACUAAUAAAGGUGUUGGUUCUAAA